GAAGAGUAAGAAAAUCAAUAUUGGGCAUACACUAGACUUAUAGAUAUAUACAGAAACAGUUCAUGCUUAUGAGAUAUAAUGGAAAGUGCAGUUUAUGGCAAUCAACUGAAUAUGAGCAUAUUUCCUGAAUAAAAUAAUCGACUAGAAUAAAAUACAUGGCUCAAAAACUGGAAAAGAAAUCAAUAGGCUAAAUGUAGGACACUUUUGGAAAUAUUAACCUACUGGAACAGACAGUUUGUCAGUUACCAAUUUAUAAGAAUAGCAUACAACUGAAACAUAAGGGGGUGAAAAAAAGAAGAAAAGACUAUUCUCGAGUCUAACACAAGAGUGCCUCAGAAGUCCACCCUCCCCUCAAGUUGAAGACCACCUCCAAAACCCACCAGAGAGCUGCAGCUGUCCGUCCUACAGCAUCCCCACCUUCACAACCUCUCAGAAACUCUUGCGGCCCUAUAACGAAAACCAAGAACUAUACAACUGCAGCUGCACUGUCUCUACCUGAGGAUUAUACCAAAAAACAAAUAUCAUAGGCCACUAUAGACUACCUUACUUGUACUGACAUAACUAUUCGUUGUUGUGGACAUCGAGAGGACUAUAAAGGGGAAACCAGAAGUCAACCUCGGGAUAUUUUUGAACCGAGCAGCUCUCCAGCAUGCAGGUGAUAACAUGCGCCUUGUUUACGCUCGUCGCUCUGCCUGUCAGCGCUGCGUCGGAGGAUGACUCCUGCCCUGCUGUCUGCGAGUGCUCUGAAUGGAAGAGUCACACCAUCUCCUGCGUUGACAUUGAUAUUCUCCCCAGGUUUCCAGCAAGCACGGAGACACUAUGGCUUUUUGAGACCCGUCUGUCAUCCGUGCCAGCAGAUGCUUUUGCCAACAUGGUCAACAUCUCUAGGAUAUAUAUAUCGGUGGAUGUGACACUGCAGAGGCUGGAGAGGCAUUCAUUCUACAGCCUGAGGAAAAUCACCCACAUAGAGAUACGAAAUGCAAAGAGUCUGACCUACAUUGACCCAGAAGCCUUUAAGAAUCUCCCAAACCUCAAAUACCUGGGGAUUUUCAAUACUGGCCUUACUUUCUUCCCUGACUUGAGCAACAUCCACUCUAAUGACACAAACUUCAUACUGGAAAUUGUUGAUCAUCCCUACAUCACUGAGAUCCCGGCCAACUCAUUCCGUGGCAUUACCAGCGAAGUGCUUACAGUGAUGCUGUAUGGAAAUGGCUUCAGAGAAGUCCAACAUCACGCCUUUAAUGGGACCAAACUAGAUCAAGUUGACCUUCACAGGAAUAAGUAUUUGACCAAGAUGGAUGAGAGGGCUUUUGCAGGCACCAUCAGCGGCCCCAUGCUUCUAGAUGUAUCUGUGACCGGGAUCACCUCCCUGCCUACAGCAGGUAUGGAUUCUGUCCGGGAGCUAAAGGCACGUAACACGUGGGCCCUCAAGAAACUGCCACCCAUCAAAACCUUCAAGCACCUCACUAUUGCCAACCUUACCUACCCCAGCCACUGCUGCGGCUUCAAAAACCUCAAAAAGAAACGAGGCUUUUUGGAGUACAUCAUCUGUAACCUGACUGCUUUCUACGACCAGCAUCACAAGCGCUCUGUGGGGCCCCUCCGCAUGCCUUCACUCCAAGGGGAUAGCGUGGUGGAAACAGUCGAAGAUGAGGAGCCAAACGACGGAGGCCACAGAGAAUCCCAACAAGACUGGAGGAGAGGUGACUUCCAUGGCAGCCUGCACUACCACGCCUACUUUGGGGGCCAGCCAGAUGAGGAUGUGGGUUUUGGUGAGACCCUCAAGAAUCCCCAGGAGGACACCAGCCAAGACUUUGACAGUCGUUACGACUAUGUGGUGUGUGAGGAGGGAGAGGAGGUGGCUUGUGCACCAGUGCCCGAUGAGUUCAAUCCUUGUGAGGACAUAAUGGGUUUUGGAUUCCUGCGAGUGUCUGUGUGGUUUGUGAGCUUGCUGGCUGUUCUGGGAAAUGUGGUGGUGCUCCUGGUGCUGCUUACUAGCCACUACAAGCUCUCUGUCUCCCGCUUCCUCAUGUGCCAUCUGGCCUUUGCAGAUCUUUGCAUGGGGAUUUAUCUGCUGCUCAUUGCUUCUGUAGACCUCCACACACGAGCCGAGUACUUUAACCACGCCAUAGACUGGCAGACAGGCCCCGGUUGUGGACUUGCAGGGUUUUUUACGGUCUUUGCCAGUGAGCUGUCUGUCUACACCUUGACAGUGAUCACUCUCGAGAGGUGGUACGCUAUCACUUUUGCUAUGCGGCUGGAUCGUAAGCUGCGCCUGCACCAUGCGUCAGCCGUAAUGCUAGCUGGCUGGAUCUUAUGCCUCAUCCUGGCGCUGCUCCCGCUGGUUGGGGUGAGCAGUUAUCAGAAGGUCAGCAUCUGUCUCCCAAUGGACACCCAGUCCACAGUGGCCCAGGUCUACGUCAUCUCAGUGCUGGUCCUCAACAUCCUGGCCUUUCUUGUUAUCUGCGCUUGCUACGUCAAGAUCUACUGUGCAGUGCACAACCCUCACUACCGUUCUGGAUCCAAGGAUACUAACAUUGCCAAACGCAUGGCUGUCCUUAUCUUUACUGACUUCUUGUGCAUGGCACCGAUUUCCUUCUAUGCCAUGUCGGCUGUGCUGGACCGGCCACUCAUCACCGUCUCCAAUUCCAAGAUUUUAUUGGUGCUCUUCUACCCACUCAAUUCCUGUGCCAACCCGUUUCUCUACGCUAUCUUCACCAAGGCUUUCAGAGGGGACGUAUUCAUCCUCCUCAGUAAGGUGGGCCUAUGUCAGCAGCGAGCACAACUGUUCAGAGGCCAGACAGUUUCGUCAAAAUGCAGCAGUGGGACAUCUCAGGUCCGUAAAGACAAGGACAAGAUUAGGAAAGGAGGAUGUGCAGGCCAGGAAGAGGUGCCCAUCCACCUGAAGAAGUGCUCUGGACAUACCUACCAACAGCCAGUCAGCCAGCAGACAAGCCCAGAAGAGAGCCAGAAUCUGGACACGUGAGCCAAACACUAGCUGGAGGUGUUAAAAGCAAGACAGGUUCAGGUGGGAAAGAAAAGGCCUUGAAGUGUUUGUGGACAGAUCUGUUUGGAUAUUUAACAGAAAGCUCCAAUAUUCUGUAUCUGCUUCAAUUUUCGGGCCAAGUUCAGCUGUUUUCACAAUUUCGGCUGUGAUGAUUUUAUGGUUCCAGUUGUUGGAGAAUAUCAAGUGUCACCGAAAUAUGAGCUUGACUUCAUCUCACUUUUAGUCCUUUGUAUUCAGUGGGAUUGUUGCUAGUAUUGAACAGAGAUUAUUUUGAGGGGAAAAAUAGUAAAGAUAUAAACAUAUAUAACCCUAUAAAUAAAUCUAUUUUUUCAGUAUAUUAAGUAUAAUUCUAUUUGAGUUAUCUCACAGUCUUGCAUAAUCUGUCACUGCGAUACAAGGAAAUAUGGCAGAUUUUCUUAAGCACUUCUUUUUUCCAGUGAUAAGAAAUCCUUACUGAGGCGCACUAUUUAUACUUGGUUAUUGUGUUCAAGGACAGCCUGCUGGCUCAGUGCCGUUCACAGUAAAAACUUCCAGUUUUUUAUAACAAUUCCUAUCCUGUUGUCUUAACAAUACCUCUGUAUAUAAUGUAAAUACAUGAGUAUAUAUGAGUGUUUGAGAAUUUAUGGAUUGCAACAGGA